AUGAGAGUAAUUGAGAGCGAUCGUAGUUACCACAGAAACCGAGACAUCAAAACCACUCCAAGCACAUUUUUUGGGGUCCUUGAACUCAGAACCUGCAAAGCCCACAAAAUGUCUCUUGAAGCAAAAUUUGCAAGUCUCACAAUUGACGACGCCUCUUCGGUUGUCGAUACCGUCAAGGCUGAAGGCGUUGAAAAGUCUGGUUUGGCCGCCAAUAUUUCCGUCCUUUCUGCAAAAUGCGCAUCCAACGACGAAGCAGAGGCACUUUCUGCUUUGGCAACUGUCAAGGCUUUGGCGGAGGGUGUUCCAGAAGCUCAAGUAUUCACGAAAGAAUGCCUUGGGGCUUGUCUUGAGAACGCUAUUCACAAGAAUGUCAACGUCAAAAAGGCCUCGAAGGAGACCGCUUUCGCCAUCGUCGACAAUGUUCAACCUUUCGCCAUGAAGUCCCUUCUACCAACAAUCUUUGCUGAGCUCCCUGUUGAGAAGAAGUGGGCGAUCAGAGAGUCUGCUCUUGAAUGUAUCCUUCGAUUCAAGGACAAAGCUCCCCGCCAAUUGGGAGAUGCUCUUCCUCUUAUCGUCCCUGAGGUUACUGCUUGUAUGUGGGAUACGAAGAAGCAAGUUAAGGUCGCCGCCACCAACGCUAUGAAAUCUUCUCUGGAUGUCAUUGGAAACAAGGACAUCGAACACAUGACUGGCAAGAUUCUUACUGCCAUCACCAAGCCAAAGGAGGUUCCUGAAAUUAUGCACAAAAUGGCCGGAGUUACGUUUGUACAAAGCGUCGAAUCACCCGCCCUUGCCAUGGUUGUGCCCCUUCUCCUUCGUGGUCUUCGUGAAAAGACUACAGCUACCAAACGUCAAGCCGCUGUUAUCAUUGACAACAUGAGUAAGCUUGUGGACGAUCCGAUUGGCGCGGCCCCUUUCCUUCCCCUUUUGCUCCCUGCUCUUGAGACCAACGCUGAGAGUAUCGCCGACCCAGAAGCUCGUGAAGUUACUCAACGUGCGGUUGUCCAACUCAACCGAUUGAAGGGACUUGCCGAGAAGCAAGCUUCAGUCCGCGGAGACGUUUCCAAGCUAGAUGGUAUAUUGAAGAAGGAAUUGAAGGCCGAAGACGCCACUGGUGGAAAGCAAGCGGUUAUUGAUUAUGCAUGCGUAAUUGCUUCUUGUUUGAUGGACUUGAAAUUCAUGGAGGAUCUUCAGUGGGAGAAGAACCUUUCCCCCGUCUUGUCAUCUUACUUCAAGGAUGAUCUUGCCAAGGCUAUUGAAGCUGUUCGUGUUGAAGCUGAGAAAAUGCUUGAAAUCCCAGACGACGAAGAUGACGAAGACGAUGCUGAAGAGUUGUGUAACUGCCAAUUCACUCUUGCUUACGGUACCAAAAUUCUUCUUCACAACACCAAGAUGAAGCUGCUUCGCGGAAAAAAUUACGGUCUUCUUGGACCAAAUGACUGUGGAAAGACCACUUUGAUGAGAGCCAUCGCUAAAAACCAAGUUGAGGGAUUCCCUGAUGUCACUCAAGUUCGAACUGUUUUCGUCGAAGCUGAUAUUCAAGGUGAACAAUCCCAUCUUUCUUGCGUCGAAUACGUUGCUGCUGAUGAGAAAUUGCAAGCUAUGGGGGUUGACAUGGCAAGGAUUCGUGAAGUUCUUGGAACUGUCGGCUUUACUGCUGACGGUAAGGCCAAGCCUGACCACGCUGUGUCCACUCUGAGUGGAGGAUGGCGUAUGAAGCUUGCUUUGGCUCGUGCCAUGCUUCAGCAAGCCGAUAUCUUGUUGCUUGAUGAGCCAACAAACCACCUUGAUGUUAUCAAUGUUGCUUGGGUCAAGACAUACCUCAACUCUUUGACUGACGUGACAGCCAUCAUCGUCAGUCACGAUUCUGGUCUUCUGAAUGACUGCUGUACCCACAUGAUGUCUUUCGAUAACUUGAAGCUCCACACUUUCAAGGGUAAUCUCGAUGAAUACGUCAAGGUCAACCCUGCUGCGCGUUCCUACUUCUCGCUCUCAUCGUCCAAGAUGAAGUUCAAGUUCCCCCAACCUGGUCCUAUUGAGGGUGUUAAGUCGAAGGGUAAAGCUUUGAUGAAGAUGGGAAACUGUACUUUCACCUACCCUGGAAACGAGAGCCCAACACUUUUCAAUAUCACAGUCCAGGUUUCCUUGAGCUCCCGUGUCGCCUGUAUUGGAGAGAACGGAGCCGGAAAAUCGACAAUGAUCAAGCUUCUUGUUGGAGAAAUCGCACCUCAAGUUGGAGACGUUUGGAAGCACCCUAACGCCCGCAUUGCCUACGUGGCGCAACACGCUUUCCACCACAUUGAACAACACUUGAACAAGACCCCUAAUGAAUACAUCCGUUGGCGAUUUGCCAAUGGUGGAGAGGACAAGGAGAGUCUUGUUAAGGUGACAAUGCAGUUUACCGAAGCCGAAUUGGCGUCGCAAAAGAAGCCUUUCGAGCUUCAAAUUAUUGACGAAGCUUCUGGGAAGAUCCAGAAGAUCAAGAAAGUUGUCGCCGAACUUGUUGGAGGCCGUAAACUUAACAAGAGCAAGGAGUACGAAUACGAAGUCAAAUACUCUGGCUCCACCACCGACAGCGGCGAAUACCUUCCUGCAAAGACUUUGAAGAAGAUGGGAUGGGAAAAAGCCUGCAAAGCAGUUGAUCUCAAGCUUGCCCAGCUCGCUGGUAUGUAUGUCCGCCCAUUGUCUACCAAGAACGUUGAAGAGCAUCUUGAGGGAUGUGGACUUGCCCGUGAGUUCGGCACGCACUACCGUAUGUCUGCUCUUUCUGGAGGUCAAAAGGUCAAGGUCGUUCUUGCCGCUGCCAUGUGGAUGCAACCUCACAUCGUUAUUUUGGAUGAGCCUACCAACUAUUUGGAUCGAGAGAGUUUGGGUGCCCUUGCCGGUGCCAUCGAGGAAUUCGAUGGUGGCAUUAUCAUCAUCUCCCACAACAACGAAUUCGUCUCCAAAUUGUGCCCGGAGACUUGGGUUAUGGACGCCGGACACCUUGAAACCAAGGGUGAUGCUGAUUGGAUGUUGAAGCAAGAUACCAAGAUCGACGAUCAGCAACAACUACAAGAAAUGACAGAUGCUGCUGGAAACAAGGUUGAAAUUAAGCAAGGAAAGAAGAAGCUUUCGAAGAAGGAAGAGAAGGCACUUGUUAAAAAGGUUAAGGCCAAGAUCAAGAAUGGCGAGCCUCUUGAUACUGAUGAAGAAGAAUUGGCCUUCGAGAAGGACCUCUUGUAA